GCGUCAAGGAGCCGGUGCCCUGGUAGAGAUCGAGGCUGAGCUGUUCCAGGCUGAGCUUCUCCUGCAGGAAGUGGCCGAGGUAGCGCUGCAGCAGAAUGGAGACUGAUUGCAAUCCUAUGGAGAUGAGCAAUAAUAUGGUCUUUGAAGAGGAUUCUGAUUAUAGAGACUUUGAUGGAGCAGAUGUGAAAGAUAUGAGACUAGAAGCAGAAGCUGUUGUGAAUGAUGUUCUCUUUGCUGUCCGCAACAUGUUUGUCUCAAAAACCCUUCCAUGUGCAGAGGAUGUGGCAUAUAUCAACGUGGAGACCAGGGAGAGAAACAAAUACUGCCUCGAGCUCACAGAAGCAGGACUUAGGGUAGUAGCUUAUGCUUUUGAUCAGACUGAUGACAGUUUGCAAACUCCCUACCAUGAAACCGUCUACUCCUUAUUGGACUCUCUCAGCCCUGCGUAUCGAGAGUUUUUCGGAAAUGCAUUACUGCAAAGACUAGAAGCUUUGAAGAAGGAUAGUCAGUCGUGAUUCAUCCUGAAGUGAGGAAGUUUUAUUAAUCCUAAAAGGAAUCUUUAGUAUAAGGUACUGAAAUCUUUCUUACAAACAUAGUCACAAACAUAGCUUGAGCCUUGUUUCUUGCAUUAGUAUCUAAUUCCUUGUAGCA